ACCUCGAAGUAUACGGACUUGCGUUAGCCAUUGGCCCGACUGCGUCAAGCGCCACGGGUCGCAGUGGCAGCGACUGGAAUCUCUCUCCCCACUACACCCGCUAUCGUUCGGACGUUCUGUCCGCCGUGCUCGGCUGCAUUCGGCCCGCCGCUCGGCAGUAAACAGCUGGCGGUGCUCUGCGUCGGUGUGAAGCGUCGAACGGGAUUUCGUGGAGCUGGUCCGCUCGGCUCCCUUCCCUGUUCCUUUCCCCGUUCACGAUCGUCCUGUCCUAGAGAACCCCGACCGAUACAAGACGCGUUGACGACCGCUACUCAGACAGUGUACGGUACAUCGUCGUCAUGAACUGAAGCGGGAGCGACAUCCUGGUAUCCGCGUCACUCAUCUUCGUCUAUUCGUCGGUGACGAACUCGAGCGCGCAGCGUCGUCGCUGUAGAAAACCCGCGGGGAAAGCGGAGACUCCUUUGUCCGACGGUGCGUCGGUUCUGCGCAUAGAGCGACGGUGCGCCCGCGGCGCAGCAUUGUUUGUGUCGUGCAGUGCGGUUGGUUCGGUGCUCUCGUCGCGUUCCUCUCCCUCGUUCGCUCUUUUCCCUCGCGAGUUCUCCGAGAGUACGGAGAUACAAAGAGUCGUGGUGCUUCGUCCUGUAAAUUCGCACCGAGCCGCGAGGAGAAUCCUGGCGAUACGACGCCGAGACCGUCUCGAAGCGAUGACGGUGUCGCCUGCAUCGUGAAGCGUACGAGCGAGAAAGAGACGGCCUGAAGUGAGCGGAGAGUGCGGCGGACGCAGUGGCUGGCGUAACGCGGCGCGCGAGUGCUUUGUUUUGCCGAGCAGCUGAUUCGAACGGCUACACCGCGACGCGUCUCGACGGAAUCGGCCGUUCGCUCGCGCACACAUCGGCGCUCUGUUACGUACGCGCGCCGCCGGAAAAUCGUCCAUUACCCCGAGGAAAAGUGCGCCACCCUUCGUAACGCUCGCACGAGGAAUUCCAAAGCGUCGUCCCGUGUCGGGGGCAGCGUUCAGGACCCGCCAACUGACUCGACGCUAAAACACACACAGCGGGCACGUUGUGUGGCACAGCCGAGCCAACCUAUCGUCAAAUCGAUCGCCGACAGAGUUGUGCUCCGUCAGAGAAAUUCCCGUGAGCUUUCGCAACGUGGGACGAAAAUCAGUCGGAAAAAUCGUUCGCACACGGCACGCGGAAAUUGUAAGCAGUGAAAUUGUAAGUUUUACGGAGCGCGCUGAUUUUCCCCGGAGCUUCGCGGGAAACCGCAAGAAAGCAAGAACCGUGGCGUGAAACGUAUAAAUCCCUGUGCUCUUGGUGCAUUCGGAGCGGCGGCGCUCGCCGGAACGAGCUCGGUGACGUAAACUACGUGCACGUACAUGCCGGAGUGCUGCGUGCGGUGCCGUCGCGUUAUGACAUAAGACACGGAACGCGGCCACGAUCGACCGGCGUUCGCCUCGUUCCUGCCCGGAGUUCUCGAGCGAGAGACAUUUCGCUGUUUACUCGGAGCGAGUGAUCUCUCCGCAGCGACGAGGAAGAACAAAGAAAUCGGCACCGGUCGAGGAGGCACGAAGGGAAUUCUCCUGACGAUUUGACGGCUGACGGACCUGGAGAUCGUCCCGGUGCGAUCGUUUGCCGACGGAUCUGGAUGAUAGGACGCGACGUGGUGCGACUGUCACGUAGCGGAGCCUCGUCUCGGGACCGACGUCGAGGAUUGCGUUGAUCGAUGCGGCAUAGUCUCAGGGGGGCCGUCCUCGCGAACGACCGGGAACGUGGGGUACGGCCCCGAUCGAGCUGACUAGGGGAACCGUCGAGGUCUCCCGCUGCUGACACGGGGCCCACGGCGGACGGAGAGGCCCACGGCGGACGUACCUGGUCGUAGCAGCUUUAUCCUUUUUGUCUUUGUCGCCACACCAGCGCUCUACCGGUUUCAAGAUGUUGUACAUAUUUCACGUCGACACCGGCACCACCAUCACCUUCGACAUCAAGCUGGCCCUGCAAAGUGUCAGCCAGCUGAUGGAGGCAAUCGAGAGGGAAUGUGGCGUGGUGGCAGCGCAUCAGGUGCUGCUCAUGAGUGGAGGCGAGUGCCUGGAACCGAAUGCACGCGUGUGUUCCUACUCGGCUGGAACCGACACGAACCCGAUCUAUCUGUUCAGCAAGGCUGCCAUUGAGAGCACCCUUCCACCCACGCCGAGUAUAGAUUACGGUUCCGAUGUCGAUCUCCAGACUCAAAUCGAUGCCUCGCUGGCGAUGCCAGCCACUUAUCAGACUCUCUGUGCACGAGCCCAUCUUGCCCAACAAUGUUGCGGCCUAGCGCGAGAACAGACGAGGAUCUGCGAGAGGCUGGUUCACGACCAGCACCUUCAACAGCAGGGUUGGGCGGCGGUGGUCGCGAAUCUCGAGGACAUCACAGUAAUGUUUCAAUCCCGAACCGCGCAAUUCGAACAGGCCUUUGUCUUGUAUCUCAACGAGAGACAACGACAUAUGGAUCUACUUGACAAUUUCAGCGCUGAUCUUGGUACACUCGCGAAAAUUCCUAUUCUGCCAGCCCUCAGAGCUCAAGCCGAAGGCUUGUUAAGUCCAGAUGAUCAACCCAGUCAAUCAUCCGAGCCUGCAGCAGAGGGCAACGGGGAAGUGCUAAGUCUGCUUCGAUGGAUUUCUGCUAAGGACAAUCAAAGUAGCUUGGAGCAAGUGGCAGAUCAGUGCUCGCGCGGUUUGGAGCAAUUCGAUGAACGAUUAAUGGAGACUUUAAAGGCCGAGGUAAACGCGGCCAUCGACAACGCCAAGAAGCAGGACAUGAAAGAAAUUAAGGGUCUAAGCGAGAGGCUGUACGCCUUAGAGCAAUUGAUGUAUCAGGCUAGGAGGAUCGUUCACGAGCAGGGCGAACUUACUCAAGGCUUUCUGCAGAACCAGAGUCGCGCCAGUAAUUUGGGCGACGCUAGCGUUCUGCCUGAUCUCUGCACCUCCCAUCGACGGCAGUUACUUGUCAUGCUGCAGAAUCACAAUCAGUUGCGUGACAUUCGUCGCAGAUGCACCAAAGCAAAGGAAGAACUUUCGAUGAACAUCUACCAUCGCCUGAAGUGGAUCAUGUACGUAGAGAAUAAGAUGGUGGAAGUGGGUAACAAGCUGAUCAUAUAUCACGAGAGCUUGAAGCGGCUGAGAAGACAUCUGGAGGUGCUACAGCAAAUCCACUUGGCUCCGCAAAUGUACAUAAGCGCGGUAAUUGAAGUAGUUCGCAGACGGACAUUCUCUCAGGCGUUUCUUGUGUGGGCCAGCAACUUGGCAUGCCAACUACUGACGGUCCACAGCGAAGAGCUGGCGCGCAGGCGAGAAUUUCAGAGCAAGUUCGACGGCCACUUCUUGAACACCCUUUUUCCGGGUCUGGAAGACACGCCACCGCCCUUUGCGACGCAGGCGCCCUCCGUUUUCGACAACGGACUGCCUAAGCUUACAGCGGAUGACAUGGAAUCGCUGAGAUCGCAACUUCCAGACUUGGCGCUUACAAUCUCUACGCCGGAUUUGAAUAGCAUCACGCAAUUCUUCUUAUCCAAAAGCUUCACCGACGGCAACAAGGAGAAAGACGCCACGUCAGUGAGCACCGAUAUUCCAUCGAAGGAACAUGAGCGUACUAGAGCGCCAAUGUUGUCCGAUAGAGGUGGCUUCGAAUCCGAAACUGAUACGGAGGAAUUCGAGAAGAUUGGUCAGGCCGGCGUGGAUAUGUCCAAACCCGGCGUGUUCGAUGGGACGAAACAGAAGCGGCAGAAGCAAUUGGAGGUUUGUGCCUCUCGAAGCGUGUCCCCCGCUUCCUCGACCUCGACUAACGUCUCCCCGCUAAACUCGAAAGUCGCGGACCUAACGACGCGUUUAUCCACAUCGAGCGAACCCGGCUCUUUCCAAUUCCCUAGCCUGUCCGCCGCGAGUGAACGUCCGGCGCAGCUGAGUCCUCUGACCGAGUGUGUGGAGAACGGCGCUGCCGACUCUUCCGUCUGCUUGCUCCAUAGAGGCCUCUCGAACUACCGUGACGUCCUGCCGCUUGAAGAGCCGCAUUCCCUGAGUCCAAAUCCUCCCUCCUUGCCACGGUCCUCCGUCAUGUGCGACGGCCAGCACCAACAGCAUCAGCACCCGCUGUCCGGUAGCGGCGGCAGCAGUCCCUCUGUCGGCGUCGGCGCUACCGACUUCAUGGGUACCGAGUUUUACAUGGACGAAUCCCUGCCGAGCAGCCUCAGCGAACAUCCCGCCGACGGCCAGCAUCAGGCUAUCGUGUCCCUUCUUCAGGAGAAUCUCGGUAACACACGUGAGGAGGUGGAAAGAUUGCGGUCCAUUCUGAAGACCAUGAAGGCAGUCGUGUGCGAGGAACUGAGCUCGCUUCGGAACGAAUUGUCAAUUCUGCGAGAUCGAUCCAACGAGGGCAAAAGUGACCUCACUGAUAUAAAGGAGCGCGUCCGAGUAGCAUUGUCUCUGUACUCGCAGGAGUGCGAUCGGCGCCUUCAAGAACGCGAGCAAGAAGUUACAAUCGAGCACGAGUUGAAGAUGGCCGAUGUGAAGAAGCUAAUGCAGGAGGAUUGCAGAAAUCGCGAGGAAGAGAUCCGCACGCUGAAAGGCAACCUUAUGGAAAAAGAGAUGGAAUUGGCGGAACACGGCCGACUAGUGGCUACGAUGCGUCAGAAACUCGAAGAUGAACAGAUUGAGAAGAAUAACUUACAGACUCGUUUACAUCAGCAGCUCGAGAAUUACUCGAGGAUACUGGAGCAAGCACGUAUAGACAAGGAAGAGGCUGUGAAGCAGACAAAUGACGAGAGGUUCCUCGAGAUUACCUCUCUCACAAAUUCUUUGACGCAAUGUCAGAAACGAAUCCAGGAAUUGGAAGAGAAUCUGGCCACCGCUCGCAGCGAUCAAGAGAGAAUGGUGAAAGAAGCAACCGAUAAGUUCCAGGUAGAAUAUAAGGCGGAAUUGGAAACCAUUCGGAGUCGCUUCAAACUUAUGGCUGCUUCUACCAUGGAGAGGAGUCCCAGCGAUUCUAGUCUAGAGAAGAUUGAACGGACCGAUGUCAUCGAACUUGCAAAUCACGAGGCGAUUCUGGCGCAGACGAAGGAAGAUAUGAAAGUAGAGAAUGCUAUGGCAAUACGUACCGCUGUCGAGAAGGAGAGAGCUGAUUGCAUGGCGAAAUUAGAUAACGAAUUAAGUUUGGCAAGAGAAGUCGUCGUGGAGAAGAACAAAGAGAUAGAGAUAUAUAGGAUGAGAACAGCCGCGUUAAUCGAACAGGGCAAGCGCUACAAGAAUAUGAUAGAUCAAUUGAUCGGAGAACUCGAAUCGAAAUCGGAGAUACGGCAAACAUUGAAGGAGAAGAUGAAAAGUCUUGAAUCGGACAAAGGAUGGUUGGAGAGUAAAGAGACUGCAGAGAAGAUAAUGCGAACGGUUCUGGAACAUAACGAAAAUAUGUAUCCCCUCGAAUCUGGAAUGUGUAAAGGCCCGCGGUACGAUCGAUUGGACACCAGUCAAGUCGAUCUUGAGGAAGUCUUUAAAGAUCUGGAGUCGGAAAAGUACGAAGUUGAAGUCUCAGAAUCGAAAAAAGUGCGAUUGGAGACCGAUAACGACGAUCUGGCGCGGUUAUCCAGACGACUUGAGGCACUCGAUAAUGAUAACAAGAGACUAUCCUGCGAAUUAAAUUCGAUACGUGCGAGUAAGGUGGCAGCUGAAGCGAAAGUAGAGGCAUUGGUGACGGAUAAAAUCCGUUUAGAAAUCGAGUUACUGAAGGAGCAAACCAAAAGAGUGUUCAAUAUUGAUUCGUCGGUGUUGUCCUUGGAGAAUCGCGAUAAGGAGAUGAAUGCGUCGGUCGCGGUGGUUGCAGAUGCGAGUUCCGCCAGUCGGGACGCAGCUACCAGUCCAGAACCGAGUCGAGGAUCAUCUUCCAAAUCGAUAUGCUUCCACCCCUCCCAUUCCUCAUAUAUACAUAAGAAAGUCGCGGAAAAAGUGACGAAGAUGGUGCAACUGGGGAUCGUCACAGUCACUAGCUGCAAUCCGGGCGACAUAGUACUCGUGGUCUGGGAUACUGUGCACUGCAAUUACGCCGUGUACCAGGAGUCUACAACUCUGUAUUUCCUUCACUCGGACUGCGUGGACGCACUGGAUGUGGGAAUGAAUCCGAACGGCUCGCGGAAGUGCGUUCUCGCCGAAGUAAUUGAUAAGGAGUAUUGUCACGCGAGAAAACAUGAGAACCGGUAUCACGUCCCGCGUGGCACGAAAUUCUACAGAGUACGCGCCAAGCCACGAGAUGGGCGCGCACUGGUCGACAAAACGGGCUCGAUGUCGAAGAGUCAACUACCGUAAUUUUAUGUUCAAACUACGCGUCGAGAAUCCCUUGAUUCUUGCCUAGUACAUGCGCUGUGAUCGAGGGUUUGCGUCGGCAGGCCGCGUUCGUAGGACCUGCAAUCCGAAACGCAAAUCUCGAACUUACGUCUCCGCAACCAUCCGGAAACCUCGAAUCUAGGCCAAAACCUGCCAGAGCCUCUAGAUGCAUCCUUGAUAUCGACGAACUUAGGUCCACGGAAAGAGGUAUGCGCAAGUUGGUAACACGAAAUGAAACGGAAGGAUGCGCCGGCGUUUUAUUGUGAUAUAAGUAAUUUUUAAACGAAUGAAACAUAUUUGCCGAAUGCUGUGGUGUAGCUGUGAAGCGUAACGAUAUUUGUAUUCUUCGAUUUUUCCUUUUUUCAUAAACACAGAAGAAAACAAAGGAACGUGAGUGUCAUCGACGACUCUCUCUCUCUUUCAAUAAUUCAAUAAGUUGAUCAGUAUGCGAAAGAAAGGGAAACGGAAAGAUUGUUCAGCUUCAAUGUUAGACGCGCGAUGCGGGAAGAUGAAGGCAUGUCCUUGGACAGUGUUCAACUUCGUCUCUCCGCAUUCGGAUAAUUACCUUUGCACCACGUGAAACAAGGAAACGUAGUUGUAAGUUUUACAAAACCGUGAGGUAUUGCGUCGGAAAAGAAUGUGUUAUAUAUACAUAUAUAAUAUUUAUAUGUAUAUAUGUGUGUAUAUAUAUAUAUAUAUAUAUUAUAUGUACAUAUAUAAUCACAUUACGUAACAUAGACAAUGCGUAUAAAUAUGUUGUACGAGGCGUGCAAUAUCCGCGUACGAAAAUCUUCAUAGGUCCUAAGGCGGAUUACGAUUUUGUAAAGUGAAAACUGUCUCGUGCAAACGUGUUGUGCAAUUUCGCAGUUAUACCUAAUACAUUAGGUUAUUUAUACGCGAAGAGAUCGUGCUGCACGGCAAUUGCAUAUUUUCGAGGAUUUCCUUUAACGAUGCUUUGCGUCAGUUUUCGCCACCAAUCGCCUUUCCACUUUUUACAGUAGGGAUAUACUUUCAUUUUUCUCCUCUCUUAGUACUCUGCGCGAUCUCUUUCUAGUAUCAACGAGUUCGAGAGAUAAGUAAACGUAGCUGCUCCAUUGAAAGGGACAAAGGCUACCAAGUACUUCUCGAUCUUCUUACUUUGUAUGCAAUUUUCAAACGUUGAUUCAACGGCAAUGCCCAUUUGAGAGUCGACGAGAGGCGCACUCUGCGUAGAGAACGAAUUUUAUAAGUGUAUACGCAUGUAUAUAUAUCCUUUUCUAUUGUUUAACCGAUGUCUCCACGUGAGUAUACUCACCGCCUCGUAUGAGCAGUCGCUUGCAGUGGAUUACCUGUAAAAGUCCCUUUAGUUGCAUUAUCGUGUAUCAUUAAACACCACUGUUCUCGUUUUCCGUGACGCGUAAACCACUCAUAGUACAGUACAAUAGCUGUGAUUGUUAGCUUCGCAUUCUCACCUAUACUUAGUCGUUAAUUAAACUUAAUUCCUUGCGGUAUCGAGCGAUGAUCUGUUCUUUAUCUGGUCAAGGAUAAAAGCACGGCGCAAACGAUAUCUUCUUUCCUUUCUUAAAAAAAAAACAAGAAUAAAACAAAAGAAAAAAAAUGUGCAGAACCAAUCUUUGAUCUUCGAAGGACAAAGAUCAUCGUUCGUUCGCGACAUUUUCGAAUUGGUGCAAACUCGGAGUGCCGUAACAGGCGGUUUGCAAAAUAUGCUGAUACGUAAGAUAAACGAUUCAGUAGACUAUUAAGCUAUCUCGAGCUCCUCUCGAGGAAACGCAUUCGCUUUGAGCGUAUCGCAAAAUAGUAGCUGAUAAUUAGUAUUUUCUCUUUGACUCUGAAUGCACGCGUACAUCGCACAUACACGCGCGCAAGACGAUGGAUUUUUAACACGGAUCCCCGAAGACGGACUGGCAAAAGUUACCCUCCUGUCACCGAAGCGCCGUUUCUCUCUUCACCGUCGUCGUCAUCGUUCACCGCGCGAAAUCGCACACGGAGAAAACCAUGAUUUAUGUUAAAAAAAGACAUUGACAAUAGUAAUAUGUUUUAUUGCUAGACGAUGAUGAGAAACUAUUAAAUCUAAUUUUUUUUUAGAAUUGAUCUCCGUGUGCGAAUUCCAUGUCGGAUCACAUGUGCACGGUUCCUAUUAUAUAUUUUUUCAUAGAUUCGAUAGCGCGAUAGGGGAAGCUCAACGCACUGAAAUUUUCCAGACACAUAAGCCUCUAGAUACUGCAUUGCUUCGAACUGAAUAUUGUUCGGUAAAGCUGACUCACACUUGACUUGUUCGUGCUCUCUCUUUUUUUUAGAUGUAUUUAUAAAUUCGCAACACCAACUGCAUGGUCGUCAAGAAAAUGCAAAAGACGCAAAGCCAAUGUUUGGAAAUAAAGAUAGCGUAUUGUAUUUUUGCAGAAAAGAAGAAAGAUAGAACGCGUUUGCAUAUGCGCAUCCUGUAUUUCUAUUUUCGUAAAGCUGAGUUGUCAUCGAAGAUUGAAUAAUUUUCAAGCUACAUCUGAAGCUUAUCGAAGAACAAAUCGAUUCAAAAGGAUUAUCUUAAGGAGAGAAAGGAAUUCGUUUCUAUAAACAUGUGUACAGAAGAUCAUGCAUGUAUAUUUACAUACGACAUAAUAUUAUCAAUUUGCACUUGCUCGAGGAUUGGCGAGAAACAUUUAACUUCAACGUCAAAAAGCGGUCAACGUUAUUGUUUAUGUUUUCGCUGAGAAUCUCGAAGCUUUGUGCAAUUUUGAUGUCAUUCUUUUGCACUGUGACACAAGACAAAAUGCGAUUUUUAAAUGCGAAAUCGAAGAUACCUUUAACGAACAAUUUUUUGCUCGAAAUUUCUAUAUUUCAAUAUUCUUAUCUCAAUUUCAGUAAAUUAAAAAUUUGGAUAUUAAAGCAAUGUGCUUGUAUAUCAUCUAAAUGUAUCGUUCAUUGCAGUCCUUAUAUAGAUUUGACCAAGGGACAAUCGCUGGAAAUUUAGAUUUACUCCACGACUUUGAUUGAAACUUCUCAGAGAAGUACAAAGAAGCAGGAUUAUCGAGUGUUUCAUUAUCAAAUUUAUUGCUGCAGGAAUUGUGAUUAGUGAAUAAUUAGAGAAUUGUGGAAAGGAAUUGCGCCAGAUAUCAGGAUCGGAUUUAUGAAAAGAACAAGAUAUGAGGUAAAGAGACGUCGGUAUUAUUUUUGUAAUUCUAAUUUAGUGAGGUUUGCUUUUCUUGUAUGCCUAAAGACGUAAUCAUAGAAAUAUGUAUUUGGCUAAGAUGCGUUUUUUCUAAUGACUAAAUUCGUAAGUCUGGUGUUGUGAAAUUAAAUUAGACUAUAAUACGAUUUGUUUGGAAUUAAUAUGUAAGAAUGAAAAAGUCGGGAUCGAGCCAAUUUUUGAUUAAUAAGCUGAUUUUUACUGAAAUGAAUAAAAAAAAAUAAACUGCGAAGUAUGUUACAUUAAAGUGAAAUUAUCUUUCAUAAUUAUCACAGAUAGAAGAUUAUGUCACAAUGGCGGAAGAUCAACCGUCGAUCGAGGCAACGAUAUCGUUUUAAUUGAGAGUUUAUAAGUCAUCAUCAAGAUCAUGCGAUGAUCAUAUGCAUAAUCUAUAAACUUGGCUGCAAUAAUUCAUCACGAUUUCAGACACGAAAGCAGAAUCAUUCUCUCUUUCACGUAGAUACAUAGGAAUCUCAACGCCGAAGGGACUCGUUGAAAUCCCGUCAGCGCGCGCUCUUUUCUCUUUCUUUUUUUUUUCUCAUUUUUUUCUCUUGGUAACACCUUCCUGACAACACAUCAUUUAUAUAGGACUCUCGUCCUCGCCAGCCUGCGAUUGUGCGAACGAGCUUCGCAAUCGUUUCGUUUGUGUGUCCUAUUAUGUUUGCCGCUCGCAAAACGCUCUCGUAAGAACUCUCUCAUAAAAGAUAAGUAAAGAUAUUGCGCAUGUGUAAUCGAGAAAGUGUAAUGCAUAGGCAUAAUAAUAUAAUAAUAUUGCGUAAUACACAUAACAAUUGUGAUCGUGAGAGUAUCUGUUACGAAUAAAUCAGUUAUAAAUAAAUGAUGUAACUUUUUUCCAAG